UUUUCUGUGUAAAGAGUGUAACUUAUUGCAUAUAACAAUUAUUUUUCCUAUUUCCAUACAACAAACGUGAAAAUUGAUAGUGCCUGUGCUUGUUGAUUCGUUGUGUUAAUUCUCAGUGGACUAAAAUGCAGUGGUUGUGUGCUCAGUAGUGGUUGCACGGUUAGUGGUAGUGGGUUUCGGUGCCGGUUAGUUUUGUGCAAUGACAGUUAUUUGGGUGCGGACACUCGGUUACGUGGCAAAGGUGGAUAUUUUGGAUUUACUACGUGGAUAAACGACGUUAAACGAUGGCGCACUACCCGCAGCCGGCUUCACUGGAGGCCGCGCUGCCGCUGCUGAGCCGGCCGGACCUGCGGGUGCGGCAGCAGCUCGGCGAGCAGCUAGUGGCGCUUGUACGCCGGGAGCCAGAUCUCACCUUUGAUGUCGCCGCGCAGCUGUUGGACUCGCUCGUCAUGUGGCUCAAUGGCGGCAAUUUUAAGAUUGCACAGAACGGGCUGGAAGUGAUGACGGCUUUGGCGGAGCGUAUGGGAUCAGAUUUCUCGGCUUUCGUGCCUACAGUCCUACCUCAUAUUAUUGACAGGUUUGUAUUAGUUUUAUAG